AUGCUGUCUUCCGCGGUCGUUGGCAUCGGCGCAGGUAUAGGCGCACUCUUUCUCUGCGCCGCUUGCUUCAUCGUCUACCAGAUAUACAAGCGCAAACGAGAACACAAUCGCGAGAUCGCCGAGAUCGAACAAGGCUUCCCUAACACGCGACCUGUAGAGGUCACGCAGCUACAGCAAGGACCUGGCGCGUGUCAAGUACCAUUCGUACCGACCUAUGUGCCAUGUGGAGGAUGGGGUGCGCUUGCAUCUACAGAAACGAUAAAUACUCUGCCACCCUUCGCAAAAGUCAACAAUCGUAUUCAUCCAGCUUUCAUCUUCCCGGAAGAGCAGACACGGACAGGAUGGAACUUUCCUGGACGAAAACCGAGGAUAGGACGUAUGCCGUCUAAUGCUAGAAGGUUGCAAGCACUUUCAGCCAUCAUUGAGAGUCCAAGAGGAGGCACACCUAAAGCAGGUUCUAGAAAUUCUCCAGCUACGACCAAAGGAGGCGCUGUCAGGGAAAGAGAGAUCCAGUCUGCUUCUGUGGAACAGUUGAUUGCAAAACCAGAGGCUGCUCAGACAUCAUCUCCUCCAAUACCUUCUCGCUUGUCUUCACGACCAAUACAGCUUAACGAUGUGCCUCCACCAAAACCGCGUACCAGCGAACUGUCAUCUCGACCCCGAGCUGCUCGAUCGAAAUCGUUGGGCACUGUCUCCGACCCGAACAAGCCGAACUCGACAAACACAUUUGCAUCUGCUCCCGGACCGGCGCCAACAGGACCAUUGCCGCCUCUACCACCAUUAUCAAGAAAGAUCAGCCGUCAAAGUGACUACAACCCUGCAAACCGUCAUAGUGCUCUCGGCAUACCGUCAGCGAAGCACAAUGAGAGCACAUCAACCAGCUUGAACAGCAGCCCCGAGCGCAAUUGGGAACGCAUUGUCAGUUCCGAGAACAUCAAUACGAUACCAGAAUAUAAGAAUCUCCAUAAGUCAGACGACAGUGCAGCAGAAGUGGGAGCCGAACUAUCUUCCAACGGUGGCAGUUCACAACCAGCAAGUUAUAUUGGCCACAGAAGAAGUCUUGUUCGUCUAAGCAUCACAUGCAAUGGCAGUAAUCGCAACUCUGUCACCAGUAUUACAUCUACUCUCGACAAGCAGGCAAAUAGACUGUCGAUACCGCAAAUUCUCAACGUUGAUCGCAUCAGCAUAAGUUGCAUUUCAUCUUCAGGUUCUCUCAGCAGCGGCAAUGGUGGUGUUACCAUGGUCAGUACACCGAGACGACACACCGGAUCUUCCAGAGUCUCAGCAACAGGAUCUCCAUCAGAAAAGCCAAAGGCGAACAUCCUACGAACUGUGUCAGGCAAUGCUGGUUCUCCACAGAGACCGAUGAAAAGCGUCCUGAGAGACUCGAGCCUCGAAGCCAUAUCCAAAUGGGAAAAGUCGGUCAUAGGACCCAAACACUCGAUCUUGAAGGGCAGUCCCAGCGCGAGAAAGGGUCAUCGUAGACAAAACUGCGUUCGCUUGUCGACACUCGCCCCCACUGUCCUAGGUCCGGGAGGCCGAAGUAGGUCGACCAGCCCUUCCAUGGAUGGAAUCCAAGAAGAAUCGCUAGAUCGCAUGAAUGGUCCGAUGGCUGACAAGCACUUGAACGGCGAUGUGACAUUGCGGCCACGAACUCUGGAUCCCUUGAGACUGCGUGCAUCACUCACGCCUAGCUCCCCGACUUUAUCUAUGGUGGCCUACCAGAACGAACCAUUGCCUUGGAGUAGUGAAGUAAGCUCUCGACGCGUAUCGUAUAGAUCGCCAGGGGCAAAGUCUGCACUAUCGCGAGAGGCAUCCUUGUUCAGCAUACCCAGUCUUCCGAAUAUGAGUCAUGUAGAUCGAGACGAAGCAGUACAGCAAGGGUCAGAAACGCCCGCCAUCGAAUUUACACGUCCAUCGGCCAAAUGGUCAGAACACGAGCGCAGUCCGCCCUUUGGUCUACAUGUCACACCGAGUAACUCAAAACGUUCGGUCUACAAGCCUGAACCCUCUCCACCAUUGCCAUCGUGGUCAAACAAGCACGAUCCGGCUUGGCCGAUGCUGACCACCAACCCUCCUGCGAGCGGACAAGAGUACAAUCCAAGCAGAGACAUCUCGGUCUACUCUUCCGACGAAGAAGACAGCAGCUCUCCUAACUUUCCGUUCGCAGUCAGAGAAGAACCUGCACCUUGUGCUUCACCGCUAUCUUUCUUGGUCGACUAUGAUGACGAGAAGGAGAACGGAGGUUUGGGAUCACCGUACCAUGAAAAGGAGAUAGAGCCACCCUACGCUCGCGCAGCUGCUUUGACCCAAGGCAUCCGUUCGCCCUUCGAGUCAAUGCCAAUCCUCCGUCCCCAUGCCUCAUUCAUGGAAGAUCUGGACCCAAGCUUACCCUCUCCACCUCCCUCACUAAAUUCCAGCAUCUGUAAAACACUACCCCUUCUUUGUCGUAGCCUCAGCAAUACCAGCAACGCUCUAGCCAGCGCAAAACCGUCAAAUCCGCCUAGCAGUGCUACUCGAUAA